AUGGAUAAAUUUGAGAAGCGUCUAAAUCAAGUAAAUAUGGUAACACCCAAAAAUCCAGUUACUUAAUAAUCAAAUCUUAAGUAAACUGAUGCUGCUAAGAGUUAUGCUUCUUUUAAUGAUUUUAAUAAAUUGGGAGAUUAAUAUGAUAAUGAAGCUGUCAAUUUGAGAUCAUAAGUUUAAAUUUUAGAAGGCAAACUAUAAUUUUAUGAAAGAGAAUUUUAAAUCAAAGUAAUAAUAAUAUUGUUACAAAUUUAAGUAAUCAUCUUUAGAGAAAAGAAUAUAAUAAUUGAUAUCUACUUCAUCUUAACUAACUCAAUAAAAUACACAACUUAAGUUAUAAUAAUCAGCUUUAUUAAAUGAAUAUUAAAUUCUAUAAGAUAAAUUAAUAUAAUAAGAAUAAGGUUAGAAAGAGUAUGAAGAGAAAGUUAGAUCAUAAAUUGAAGGUUUGAAUAAAUUUCAAAUUGAAAAAGAAUAAUUAAUAUAAUAUGCAAAUAAAUGUAGAGAAAGAUCAAAAUAAAGGAAAAUCAAAGUUAAAGAUUUAACAGCUAAAGUAUAAGAAUUAUAAGAAUAAGUUAAAUAAUUUGAAUUAUAAUUUGAAUAAGCCAAUAUUGAAAAAUAAUAGAUUUAUGAUUAACUUUAAUAAUAAAUUGUAUUACUAUCUGAAUAAAAUGAAGAUUGGCAAAUGAAAUAUGAAACUAUUGUAGAAAAUUUUAAAAAUCAUCUCGCAGAUCAAACAGAUAGCUAAUAAGAAGAAUAAUUAUUAGGUACUCAUACUAUUUUAGAUUAAAGAGAAGCCUAAACUGUUCAACAACAAUUAGAAAAUUUUAGUUUAUUAAAUAGAGAAUUAAAUUAAUUAUUAAAUCAAUUGAAAAAUCCCAAUCAAAUCAAACCUUAAAUAUUUGAAAUGCCUUAAAUUAAAGAAUUAGCAGAAAUUUUUGGUAGAAUGAUAGAUAAAUUGUUGGAAUUAUAAUAAAAAAAGUCUUAAUUAAAAGAAUAACUAAAAGUAUUUUUUAAAUAAAUAAAUUUAUAGUAAAAUUAAUUCCAUUUGUAGUAAUAGGCUUCAAUAAAAUCUAGUUCUGGGAAUUAGAGUCCAAAUAUUCAUGAUGAGAGAACUAAAAUGCUCUUUGAAUAAAGAAUCCUUGAAUUAGAGCAGUAUGAAUGAUUUAAUCCUAGAUUCUAUUAGAGAGACAAUAAACAAGAAAAAGUUAGAUCCAUUACUUAACCAAAAUAUAAUGAUAGAAAACUAAAAUAAGUAAUUUCAGUUAUAAACUAAAUUUUGGAAGAAUUUCUUAAGUAACAAAAACACCUUUCUAUUUUGAAUCUUCAUUUAAAUAAAAUUCAAUAUGAUCCAAACUUUACAUAAAGUAAAAGAUCAUUAAAAGUUUUUAUUUGGGUAGUGAUAGCCAUAAGUCGAAUGAAGAAAAUAAAGAAUUCAACUUAUUAUUAAUAAUUUGUAUAAUAUAAGAAAUUGAGAAUUGAGAUGCCCAUCUUAGAUUCUUUUAAUCAAAUAUUAUAGCUUAUAAAUAGUUAAUAAUAUUUAAUAGAUACAUUAUAAAUAGCUGUUGAAUAAAAAGGAUCUGAUGGAGGAUUAUAAGAACAAGAAAUACAAUAGAUGGUUGAUGAAGAAUUAAGAUAAUAAUUGAUGACUUUAUAGGUUGAACUUGAUAAUAAUAAUAAAAAAAUGAUUGAAUAUAAAAUUAAAUCAGAAUAAGAUUUAGAAGAAAGAGAUCAAUUAAUUCAUGAAUUAUAGUAAUAACUUUAAGAAAUACCAAAUGAUUACAAUUAAGAAUUAAUGGAACAUUUAGAAGAUCAAAAUAACAGAGUUAAAAAUAUUGAGAUUGAAUUCAAUUUAUUAUAGGAUCUUGUCAAUUCAUUAAUGUGA